AACAAAUAGCAAUAUCAACAAGUGCGUUAAUAAUAUGGGCGUUCGGGGGUUAACAAGUUACAUAGCGCAACGCGCUGAAAUUUACCUCAAAGCCUUUGAAUUGCACGACACCAAUUUGGUUAUCGACGGCGACAAUCUGGCCUGUAACCUCUACAAAGAUGUUACUGGACUCUAUUCUGCAUUUGGCGGGGAUUACGAUGAUUUCUAUCGCGCCGUCGUCCAGUUCUUUCAGGUUCUGGCCGAAUGUAGAAUAGAUGCCUACGUGCUCAUGGACGGAGGCUACGAGAAGCGAAAGAUGCGCACCGCCAGCAAAAGAUUGACCGGCAAAAUUGCUGUUAUAAAGCGCAUUAAUCCGCUUGCCUCAAUCACGCUCUUUCCGCUGCACAUGAAGGAAGUGUUCAUAGAUGCGGUGAAAGAUUGCGGCGUGCCCAUCAUGCGGUGUGUUUUCGAGGCAGACGACGAGCUUGCAGCCUUGGCGCGUAAACUGAAUUGUCCAGUGCUCUCGUACGAUUCCGAUUUCUAUAUACAUAAUGUCCAGUACAUACCACUGAUUACACUCACUGUCAAAGUGCAGCACUCCAAGAGAGACGAACAAAAAUCCUCGGAGCAGACCAGGGUGCUGCGCAGGAACGAAGCCAGGCGUAUGGAAAAACUCACAAAGGCUAAUAAGAUCAUCAGUGGCAUACAGAAGCCGGAAGAGCGGCCGGAGUCGAAGCGUCCCAGAACAUACAAGUACCUGGACUGCUGCAUCUAUCGGGUGGAACAUUUAUGCGGCAAUGGUGCACUAAGUCCGGAGAAACUGCCGCUCUUUGCUGCGCUGCUGGGCAACGAUUACAUUGCGCGUUCUGCGUUCCGCAAUUUCUUUGCCACUGGCUUGGGGAAGGCAGGACGCAGUCGCAAGAUGAAACAACAGCAGCGACGCAUACGCGUAAUCCUGCAGUGGCUGCGUCAGGAGACAUCGGAAUCGGCACUGGCCAAAGUUCUGUCGCGAUUAAAGCAAUCCCAACGCGAAUCUCUAGUAGCCCAGGUGCAGGCAGCCAUAUCGGGCUACUCCAAUGAGAUUUGUCAUGCCUACGAUUAUUUCAAAUCAAAUUACGCAGAAGCCUUUAGAUAUUUUGAACCCAAUGACGAAGAAUAUCCAAGCGAUAUAGAGGAGGAAGGUGAUUUUGUUGGGGAGUUGUCCGAAGAAGAAGAAGUGGGGGACGAGGUGCAACAAGAUUCCUUUGCAGAAGAACAAGAUGCAGAGGAAGACGAAAGUAGUAGCAGUGAUGACGGGGAAACCAAUGCCGAUGGGGUAGAAGACAAAGCUUUACAAUUCCCCCAGUGGUUUCUGGACAAGCUCUAUCCGGCGCACCUGCCCCGUUUCUUUGUGGAUCUUCUUCACUUGAGGAAAUAUAUCAACAAUCCACAAAUCGAACACUUUCCCCACAAAGAUGCUAACGAAUUGGCGCUGCCAAUACUCAACUACAUAUUUGCUCUGCUCCACAAUGUGGAAGGCGAGAACCUGCUCCCUCCCGUCGAUGAAGAAGGCAAUCCUCAGCCCAUUGAGUUUACGUACCUGACACGUGCCAUGCGUGUAACCAACAUUCGAUACUAUCGGAAGCCCAUCGAAGUGUUACCCAAAUAUGCAUUUGUGCCCACAGCGCCGGACGCUAGACAUCUGCAGGCGAUAUUUGAGCAGCGGAUGCAACUGGAUGCAGGCCUUCUUUUCAAAAAAUUGGAGCUGCUGCCGCAGGAUCUUCAGCUGUAUUGUCUAGCCAUUGUUUAUUGGCUGCACAAGUCGGAGCACUGCGACCUGUUGCAUUUGAAUGCGCUGUUGAUUUGCCUCGUCGUCCUGAGGACUGUGGACGUGACUAUACCGGCGGAACGGGAAUUAAAGGAGUUUCGUCGUCGCUUCGGUAAGAUUUGUAAACAGGAGCGAGCUGUGCGUGAUAAGGAGGCACUGGAUGGCAUAAAACGCGGCAUCAAGCCAGCGCUGCUGGAGCUGUCCAUUCCAGAUCGCAUGGCCCAUGUUCCCAAAUCCGAUUGUUAUCUGACGCAGGAGCGAUUGCUGCCUCAUUUUCACAUGCAGGAGAUUUUUAAGAAAAAAUAUGACCUUUACUCCACUAUUGUGCUGCAUGGUUUUGCCGAAUUCCAAGCCGUCGUCUAUCAGCUUAGUAGCCUGAAUGCCCUCCUCGACUUCCCACGAGCCAAUCCGCGAAUGAAUCGGCUAUAUUGUGGCGCCUUUCUUUAUAAUUUAUAUGACCUGCUCUGCAAUCGCCUCGAUGUGCGUUACUAUAUUGAACGUUUUGUACUGCCGGACUCCAAACUAAUGUUUGAUUUCUUCUGUUAUUUAUACGAUUGGUGUGUCGACUUUCUGCCCGACUGGAAGCAACCCGAUAAGGAACAGGCUGUGCCCAAAGCUCUGAUAAAGAAACAAUUGAAAAAGCAGCGACAGGCAGCACGUAAGGCAGCAGCAUCCAAAAAUAUGGCAGAUCCCAAUGCUGAAAUGUGUAAAGAAUGUAAUUCCGAUCAAGACGACGCAUUUUUCGAUUUGAAUAACAAGUUUUGUGCACUAAAAGUGUAAACGGAGGCCAGAGCAAUAAUAGAUAUUUCAAAUUCGCGGCAAGUUGGCAACACUUGUAAUAAACAAAGCUACGGACGAUUUUCAACACUACUCGACGACGUCAACAUCAUUUGGUUCGGUCGCGGCGGAGGCGGAGGAGCUGAAUGUUAUCGUUGUAAUCAAGUCAAAAUAAAAAAAUAAUAAUUGAACAAAUAAGGGAGCCCAA